CGUCAACGCAGGAGGUAAGAUCUAAGUGAAGAUCUCUUCAUAGAUACUACGGUAACGCAAUGGUGAAAAAUAUGUACAUAUUUAAAAAAUUUAGGAUGAUUGGAGGACUAAGACGAUGAGGCUCCAAAGAAUCCUUGCAAAUGUUUGUUUGCUGACAGUAAACCUCCAGUUUGUUUAUGGUGUUCCUCUUCCACUAAAUCUGCCUAAAGAAAAUGCAAAGCAGGAGCAGAAAUACUACAGAAACAAUGAAGCAGGAAAAAAGAAACCAAAGGAUUCUAAAAUUGAACUAACGCAUGAAGAGUGGCAAACUAUAAUGAACAAUAUUGACCCUGGCAAUUUGCAAAGAAUAGAUGAAAAUCGUUAUGGUUUUACGGGAGCCCCGGAUGAAAUUCCAAGUGAUAUAUUACGACAAAUCAUUGAAAAACACUUGAAUAAACUAAGUAAGAAAACGUCAAAACAUUCAUUGAAUUCCCCGAGUGUAAGAAAAGGUGAAAGAAAAGAAUCGGUUGCUAAUCAGAAAGGAGAAACAAAUAAAUUGAUGACAAAUGCAAAAUUUAACAAGAACAAAAAGCAGAUGGAAAGAGAAUUAACUACUAAAUCUCCAUUAGUCCUGGCACAAAACGGAAAUGAGCGUACCACAACAAAUCAUCAACCCGAUGACACUAAUACAAUAGAAGCCACCACAACGGAAGAUAAAGGAGCUACUGACUUUUCAGAAUUAAUUGAAGUUGUUGCAUAUCCAACAAGUUAUGUAUCUUCAUCUUCCAUGUCAACAACAUCUGUACCAUCUUUAUCAUCUAUUUUCUCAUUGCCAUCUACAUCCACCUCGUCAUCUUCAUCGUCUGUAUCGUCGUUUAGUACAAUCACGAUUCCGACAUCAUCUUCUUCAGUAUCAUCCUCUUCAAUUUCAACUUCGUCUUCUUCAACAUCGGGCAAAACAUCAUCAUCUUUAUCGACAACAUUUUCUAAAUACUCAUCAACAGUUCCUUCAUCGGCAACGUUUAGCAGUUUAAUCUUCAAAACAUCAUCAAGAUCACCCUCCUUGUCGUCAUCUUUAUCAUCAAUAUCUUCCGUACAUAUUACUUCCUCAUCUUCUCUGUGGUCGUUGAUUUCUAGUCAAACAUCGUCAUCAACAAUGUCAACAUCUACAUCAUCAAGUUCGAGUAUCAGUACAGUAUCAUCAUCCUCCUCCUCAUCAUCAUCUUCUUCUUCUUCAACAUCAGUGUCUUUAUCGUUAUCAAAACAGCCACAUUUACACAUUCUUCAUGUAAAACUUGUACAUAACAAUACAAAUGACAAUCUUUCACACAGUACUCCCAAAAUUCCUACAGUGUGA